GAAAUCAGUGGCAGGGAAACAGAAGUGUGCUGAAGACUGGAAAUUAGAAACUCCUAGCAUUUCUUCACAAAAUGGCUUCAAAGCUAAACUUCCAAGCUGUAACCAAAGCAUUGCUGUUAUGCCUUCUGCAUUUUGAACUUGUAGAAGGCUGGACGUAUCAUUAUUCUAGUAAUAAAAUGACGUGGAAUCAGGCUAGAGUGUGGUGUAAAACACGCUACACUGAUAUGGUGGCAAUCCAGAAUAAGGGGGAAAUUGCUUAUCUAAAUGAAAUUCUCCCACAAGUAAAAGGAUAUUAUUGGAUUGGGAUUCGCAAGAUGAAAGGAAACUGGACCUGGGUUGGAACAAAUAAAUCUCUAACUAAAGAGGCAGAGAACUGGGCAGAAAAUGAGCCCAACAAUGGAAGAAACAAUGAGGACUGUGUAGAAAUUUACAUCAAAAGACAAAUAGAUGCAGGAAAAUGGAAUGAUGAGGACUGUACUAAAAGUAAAACAGCCUUGUGCUAUACAGCUGCCUGCAUGCCUUUGUCUUGCAAUGGCCAUGGAGAAUGUAUCGAAACAAUUAACAACUACACAUGCAAAUGUGAUGAUGGAUUUUAUGGAUCUAAUUGUGAACAUGUUGUUCACUGUGAUGCGGUGGAGAAUCCAGAAAAAGGCUUUAAAAGCUGUUCUCAUGCUUUUGGAAAUUACUCAUAUAAAUCAGUCUGUGACUUUACUUGUGAAAAUGGUUAUAGCAUUAAAGGGGAAAAGACAGUCGAGUGUACAGCUUCCAAGAAGUGGACAUCACAGCCUCCAGUGUGUGAAGUUAACCAAUGCUCUGAAUUAACUAACCCUCUGAAUGGAAAAAUGAAUUGUACUCACCUGAUCAGCAGUUUCAGCUUUGGCACUGCUUGUUCAUUUGAAUGUGACAACGGUUACAAGCUGAAAGGAUCAGGAAGAGUAUCCUGCAAUGCUGAUGGAACCUGGAGUAGUGAGCAACCUGAAUGUGAAGUUAACCAAUGCUCUAAAUUAACUAGCCCUCUGAAUGGAAAAAUGAAUUGUACUCACCUGAUCAGCGGUUUCAGCUUUGGCACUGCUUGUUCAUUUGAAUGUGACAACGGUUACAAGCUGAAAGGAUCAGGAAGAGUAUCCUGCAGUGCUGAUGGAACCUGGAGUAGUGAGCAACCUGAAUGUGAAGCUAUAACAUGCAGCCCUCUGAAGGAACCACAAAACAGCGUCAUGAAGUGUGACACACCUAAUGGGAACUUUAGUUAUAACACCAGCUGCCAGUUCAGCUGUGUAGACGGAUUUUCUAUAAAGGGAGCAACUGAGAUCAACUGCACAGAAUCAGGGGAAUGGAGAGACAGCAUUCCACAAUGUGAAGCCAUGAAGUGUGAAACACCAGAGGCGGAUGCAAGUAGAACUUUCAACUGCAGUCAUCCCAUUGAGGAAUUUGGAUAUAACACAAGCUGUCAUUUCAGCUGUUUGGAGGGUUUUCAGUUAACCGGUGAGCCAGAUCUCAAAUGUACAGCUUCUGGCCAGUGGUCUGCAAACAUACCACAAUGCAAAGCUAUUAAAUGUGGAAGUCUGCAAACUAUUGACAACGGGUUCAUCAAUUGCUCAAAUCCAAAUGAGCAUCUUGUUCAUAACUCAACCUGUCAAUUUUCUUGUGGAGAAGGAUUUGUGUUAGAAGGAGCGUCACAUCUUCAGUGUACAGCCUCUGGGCAGUGGUCUGGAGAGACACCAGCCUGUAAAGUUAACCAAUGCUCUGAACUAACUAGGCCACUGAAUGGAGAAAUGGCUUGUACUCACCCGAUCAGCAGUUUUAGCUUUGGCACUGCUUGUUCAUUUGAGUGUGAAGAAGGUUACAGACUGAAAGGAUCAGGAAAAAUAUCCUGCAGUGCUGAAGGAACCUGGAGUAGUGAGCAACCCAAAUGUGAAGCCAUUGCAUGUGAUGUGCCAAAGGAGGAUACAAGGAGAAUUUUCAACUGCUCUCACCCCAUUGAGGAAUUUGGAUAUAACACAAGUUGCCAUUUCAGUUGUUUGGAGGGUUUUGAGUUAACUGGUGUGCCAGAUCUCAGAUGUACAGCUAUUGGCCAGUGGUCUGCAAACAUACCACAGUGUAAAGCUAUUAAAUGUGGAGGUCUACGCACUAUUGACAACGGGUUCAUAAACUGCUCAAAUCCAGAUGAAGAUCUUCUUUAUAACUCAACCUGUCAAUUUUCUUGUGAAGAAGGAUUUGUGUUAGAAGGAGCGUCACAACUUCAGUGUACAGCCUCUGGGCAGUGGUCUGGAGAGACACCAGCCUGCAAAGCUGUCAGAUGUAAAGGGCCGAAUCCUGCUCCACACCGGAUUGUCAACUGUACUGAACCCACAGAUGCUCUCAUGUUUAACUCUUCAUGCAAGUUUAGCUGCGAAAAAGGUUUUGCAUUGAGCGGAAGAGAUAAUCUUCAGUGUACAGCGUCUGGAUUGUGGUCUGCAGAAGAGCCUCAUUGCAAAGCUUUAUUGUGUGAGGCACCAACUGAAAGAGAGAAUGUGAUAAUGAACUGUUCUCCUGCUGCUGGUAACUUCAGCUAUAAUACCAGAUGUGAGUUUUCUUGUAAAAACAAUUUCACAUUGAUGGGCAAUGAGAUGAUACUCUGUACUGCUUCUGGCCAAUGGACAGGACAAGUACCCACUUGUGAAGACCUUCAUUUACCACCUGCUUCGAUCCAGGACACUGCUACUGUUUGUCUGGCUGUAGUUCCAGCCAUUCUGUCUUCAGGACUGAUGUUUGCAGCAUGGCUCAUGAAGCGCCUUCGUCAGAAAGGCAAGACAUUCGACUUAGAAAGUAACUUUACAAAUAAGGCUGGUGUGGGCACAUACAAAACUGCACCUUUAACAUCCCCUUUGCUCAGCCACAUUUAAGGAGAGUUCUUUCUCCUAAAAAUGAAUGUUACAAAAAUAAUGGGGAUUCACAGAUUUAUUGCUACCUCCCUAAAAGAAUAUUAAAGAGGAACAUGCAGUAUUUAAAAUUAUUGAAUGGAGCAAUAUGAAACUAAUGCUGAACUACAAAACAAUACUUUGAGCCUGCUCAAGUUAAAUACUAAGGACUUUGCUUUCAAGUACUGUCAACAUGGAAGACUGACCUGCUAAAUGUGAAAAUGCAAGGUGCUUAUUUUUGGCAGAUGUCACUUAGUAGGUAAAGCCUUAAAUUCAGCACGUUGGCAUCUGGUUGUGAUGGCACUGGCCAUUUCCUUAUUUUGUGUGUGCUAGUAACUGCUGGACAGUGUUCUUUCUUAAUUUUGUCAAUGAAUCCAUUUUUUCUUUGAGAAUAUAACUCUUGUAGCAGCCAAAUGAUGCUCAGGGCAUGAACUGUAGAGUAAUACUGUAUUUAUUGCAAAGAUUUUUCUAAUCAUAAGCAAUGGAGUGAUGUCUCCAAUGAAACAAAAAGUGCAAGUAGAUUCUUGCAUUUUCUUUCCCAUUAUAUGAUGACAUGACUUUUAGUGCCUGUGCAGCAGGUUUUAAUGGUACUGUACUGAAAAUGUGUUUUAUACUUUAAUACACUGUAUAUAUUGUGGAUUUGUAUGAAUUUUGUAUUUAUUUAUUUAUUUCAAUUUGUUUUUUUCAUUUUGUGUAUACAACAGAGUACAAUAAAAAAUUAAU